AUGGGAAUUGAUCCCAACAAUGGCUGGUGGCCGAUUGCUUGGGCUGUGACUAAGGCCGAGAGUUAUGUCCAGUGGAAGUGGUUCGUGGAGUACCUAUCUGAUGACCUUAACUUGCAUGCAAAUGUCCCACGAUAUGUGUUUAUGUCUGACCAACAAAAGGGCCUUGCAAAGGUGGUUGUUGAGGAAUUUUCCACAGAGCGAGCAUCGCUUCUGUGUUUAGCACAUAUACAACAAUUUCAAGAAGAGAUUUGUCGGAGAAAAUUUCAAAGACCGGUUGUGGGAGAUUGCCGCGAGUACCACCCUCGAACAUUAUGUGGACAAGAUGGAUAUGCAGACCGAGUAACCCCAACCACAUCAGUGCCUUCUGGAGUUGCUCCCAAAGAAAAAUUGCAUUGGCUCGAGAGAAAGCAAGUAUCAGCAUGUUGGAGGACAUUAGAACAAGUCAAAUGGAAAGGAUUCAGAUUAGAGGCCAGUGGAUCAAAAGCUACGAUCACGCAGUCUCCUGUUAUCAAGGAGCUUGUGGAUAAGUGGUACGCGCGGGCUGCAUCGUGGAGGGCUACAUGGAACGGACAGUCUUCGUACCAAGUAAUUGGGCCGUCUGGCCAAUAUGUUGUCAACAUGCGCGAUUUUACAUGCUCCUAUAGAUUGUGGCAGCUAACCGGAAUCCCGUGCACUCAUGCUAUCGCAACAAUCAACAAGAAUGGCGACGACGUGACACGAUACGUCUCCCGCUAUUAUUUGAAGUCAACAAUGAUCAUGUUGUACGAGAAUGUCAUUUAUCUAAUCAAUGGGGUGGACAAUUGGCCCAAGACUACUUCUGAUGGUGUGUUGGAACUGGCGCCCCGAGGUCAAAGCGACAGCGUGGUUGGGGAGACUUCACAGCACAACGAGUCGCGUGAGCGUGGUGAGAGUACUUUGCCUGAAUCGUCAAACAAUCGCCGACGCCAAGAGCCUAAUGUUUCAGAUCCGGGACCAAGCACUUGGACCAAGACUCAGCCUCAGAGAUGUGGCCGCCGCGGUGAUCAAGAUUGA